AGAGAGCCUGUGCCUAGCCCCAGUCUGGCCCCAGGCAGCCCUCUCCGCCCGCAGCCGGCAGCCGCCCCAGUGUGCCUGCCUCCGUGGCAGUGGCUUCGGCAUGGCGGGCGGGCCCCCUCUGAGGCCAGGGCUGCUGCUGACGGUGCUGGUGGCGACCGUGGCGGCAGCCCAGCCUGCUCACCUGCUGACUUCGAGGUCCUCGGCCCAGGGCGCUCUGGACCGCGUGGCUCUGGGCGGCCUGUUAAAUACGCUUGCGGCCCGUGUGCACUGCUCCUCGGGGCCGUGUGGAAAGUGCCUGUCUGUGGAAGGCCUCCUGGCGCUGGGCCGGCCUGAGGGGCUGGGGCCAACCCCAGUGUCCGUCCUGGAGCCCGAGCACAUCCCCCGCCUCAGUGCGGCCGCUGCCCUCUACCUCAGCGACCCUGAGGGCACCUGUGAGGACAUCCGGGCUGGCCGCUGGGCCUCCCGGGCUGACCACCUUCUGGCCCUGCUCGAGGGCCCCCAGGCCCUGAUCCCAGGCCUGAGCAGGCUGCUGCGGAGGAUUCAGGUCCGGACCGCCGGCCUGCCCUCCACAGAGGAGGCCUGCGUGGACCUGUGCCCCCUGGGAGGGCAAGGCCGGAGCCCACACAGACUGGUUCUGUCCCCUUGGGCAGAGCUGGCGGCGCUGAUGCAGCACCUGGGGGUGGGCGGCACGGCCGUGAGCCACGGGGACCACAGCGACGACCAUCACCACCAUCGUCUGAGAAAGAGGGCCGACCUCGCCCCCUCCAACAGCAGCACCAGUGUGUGGGACACAGUUUGCCUGAAUGCCAGGGACGUGAUGGCCGUGUACGGGCUGCCUGAGCAGACGGGGGUGUCCCCAGAGGCGUGGGCCCUACUGAGCCCUGCGCUGCUCCAGCAGCAGCUGAGUGGGGCCUGCAGCCCACAGCCCAGCCACCCCGCCCAGGACCAGCUCAGCCAGGCGGAGAAGUACUUGUACGGCUCCCUGGCCACCCUGCUCAUCUGCCUCGCCUCGGUUUUCGGCCUCCUGCUGCUCAUCGGCACCACCUGCAGCAGGGCCACCCACUACGUCAUCCAGACCUUCCUGGGCCUGGCCGUGGGCGCGCUCACCGGAGACGCCCUCCUGCACUUGACGCCCAAGGUCCUAGGGCUGCACCAGCAUGGUGGGCACAGUGCACUUGGAGGGGACCAUGAUGACCACAGCACACAGCCCAUCUGGCGCCUCCUGGUGGCACUCGGCGGCCUGUACACCUUCUUCCUGUUCGAGAAGCUCUGUGACCUCCUGCUGCCCCAGGAGGACAUGAAGGAGGAGCCCUGCAGCCACGGUGACCGCCACGGCCACAGCCACGGCAUGUCUCUGCAGCUGGCGCCCAGGGAGCUCCGCCAGCCCAAGCAGCCCCAUGAGAGCUCCCGUGCAGACCUGGUGGUGGAGGCGAGCCCUGAACUGCUGAGCCCCGGGCCGCGGAGACUGACCCAGCUCCCGGCCAUGCUGAGCACUCGGGACCAGAGGCCCUGGCUGCUCUUCCUGCUGCACAACGUGGGCCUGCUGGGCGGCUGGGCCAUCCUGCUGCUGCUGUCGCUGUACGAGGACCACAUCGCCCUCUGACGCCUCCUCCCCACUCUCCAGCCUGGAGCCUGGCUCCUGGCCCUGCGCCGCCUCCGCCCCUGGACCUACAGCCGCGGACCUGGAGAGCCCAGGCCUCUGAGAACCCCGCUUCCCCAUCCCCCGGCAGCCUGGUUUCCAGACAUUCCUGGGCCGGCCGGCGUGGCUCCGUGGUUGAUCCUGGGCUGUGAACCAGGAGGUCACCGUUUGA